GGGCUUGGCGGCAGCACCGCGGCGAAGGGGAGCGGGGUGGCGCUUCCGUGCGCGGCCGGACGGUGGCGGCGGGUGAAGCGUGUGGUGCGGCGGGGCCCGCACCCGUCCCCGGGGCACCCUCGGGUCCCGUCCCGUCCCGUCCCGUCCCGUCCCGUCCUCACAGCCCCCUCAGCCCGCUCCGCAGAGGCGUCUCUGCCAGCGGCAGACGUGCCCGCAUUUCCUCGUCCCGCGGUGCUGUCAGGGCAGGGCCGCGGCCAUGGAUGAGGAGCCCGAAAGGACCAAGCGCUGGGAAGGAGGCUACGAGAGAACAUGGGAGAUCCUCAAGGAGGACGAAUCGGGAUCGCUGAAAGCGACCAUCGAGGACAUUCUGUUCAAGGCCAAGAGGAAAAGACUCUACGAACACCAUGGACAAGUUCGACUGGGAAUGAUGCGUCACCUUUAUGUGGUUGUUGAUGGAUCAAGGACUAUGGAGGACCAGGAUUUAAAACCAAACAGACUUACCUGCACUUUGAAGUUACUGGAAUAUUUUGUUGAAGAGUACUUUGACCAAAAUCCUAUUAGUCAGAUGGGCUUAAUUGUAACCAAGAGUAAAAGAGCUGAAAAAAUGACAGAACUUUCAGGUAACUCAAAAAAGCACAUAACUGCUCUGAAGAAAGCAGUGGAUAUGAACUGCCAUGGAGAGCCGUCUCUAUAUAAUUCCCUAAAUUUGGCCAUGCAGACUUUAAAGCACAUGCCAGGACAUACAAGCAGAGAGGUUUUGGUAGUCUUCAGCAGUCUGACAACAUGUGAUCCAACCAACAUCUAUGAUCUAAUUAAGUGUUUAAAAGCAGUUAAGAUCAGAGUGUCUGUCAUCGGUCUAAGUGCUGAAGUUCGAGUUUGUACAGUACUUGCCCGGGAAACUGGUGGAACAUACCAUGUUAUUUUAGAUGAAAGUCAUUAUAAGGAACUGCUAAUGCAUCAUGUUAGUCCUCCACCUGCCAGUUCAAGUUCCGAGUGCUCCCUAAUUCGAAUGGGUUUUCCUCAGCACACUAUUGCUUCCCUCUCUGAUCAAGAUGCAAAGCCAUCCUUUAGCAUGGCGCAAUUGGAAAACAACAGUGAGCCAGGUCUUACGCUGGGUGGGUACUUCUGUCCCCAGUGCAGAGCAAAAUACUCUGAACUUCCUGUGGAGUGCAAAAUCUGUGGUCUUACAUUAGUGUCUGCACCUCAUCUAGCUCGAUCUUACCAUCACUUGUUCCCUUUGGAUGCCUUUCAGGAAAUUCCACUGGAAGAAUAUCAGGGAGAACGGUAUUGUCAAGGGUGCCAUGGAGAAAUCAAAGAUCAAAAUGUUUAUAUAUGUAAAGUAUGCCAGAAUGCAUUUUGCGUGGAGUGCGACAUGUUUGUUCACGAUUCUCUGCACUGCUGUCCUGGCUGUAUUCAUGAGCACCCUGCUCCCAUAUCUGUAUGAUGUCAUCUCUUUUUUAGAGACUGUCAUGUCAGUUUCAUUCUUGUAUAAAUCCAUUUUGUUUAUUCAGCCUUGGCUUUCAGUGAGGUGCCUCAGAACAAGAAGGGCCUGGAUGAUUACAGAAGGAUGAACACGGGUUUGAGAGCAAAUUUUGUUUUUACUUAAUGUAUUAAUGAUUUUUACUGUUAAUAUAUUCCUGAAUUAUCUGUAUCUGAUUUAUUUUUAGAGUUCUGAGUUUUUCUGAGUGUUACUGUUGGUAACGUGUACAUUUGUAAAUGUGAAAGUGAUAAAACUGGUUUGUAUUUUAACGUGAUGAUUUGUGUUUGAUUUGUUCAAAAAAAGAAGCCCUGAAAAUAUAUUUUAUCUAUUGUU